UUGCUGGAAUUCCUCUCUCCCUCUCCCGUAACGAGGGGGCUGAGCUGUCCCUCCGAGGAGGGGGCAUGGUGUGGAUAAAAGAGACCAAAAAGCAGGGGGAGGUUUCCAAAAAUAAAACCCUCGGUUCCCCUUCAGACGGCUGCAGCGACGGCGAGGAGGCGCGAAGGUGCGGCGGCCGUGCGCGCCCGGCGGGAGUCGGAGCGCGGACUCGAGGCUCAGGCGCGCAGCCCGGCCGCUCUCGUCGCCCAGCCGUCGCUCCGGGGAGAGCCGGGGCCAGCCGGCUGCUUCGGGGGCCCCCUAGACAAGGAGAAGCGGGCCGCCAGCAGGGGUCGGGAGAGCAGUCCCCGGGCGGUCCGGCGCACGACUGCAAACCUCCGCUCGGUCCCCGGCGCGCACCGCUCUCCAGCCGCCCCUGGCGCCAUGAGGCCGCGGACCAAAGCCCGCUGCCCCGGGCGCGCCCUGGGGGACUCCUGGAGGGGCUUCCUGCCGCUCACCCUGGCUCUCUUCUUGGGCAUGGGUCAUGCCCAAAGGGACCCCUUGGGGAGAUACGAGCCGGCUGGCGGAAACGUGAAUCGGCUGCUGCGGCGCCCUGGGGGCAGCUACCCCGCAGCAGCUGCAGCCAAGGUGUACAGUCUGUUCCGAGAGCAGGACGCGCCCGUCCUGGGCUUGCCGCCCGCGGAGCGGGCCCAGCUGGGCUGGGGUAACCCCAGGAGGCCCGCUGAGGCGGAGGCCAGGAGACCGCCCCGCGCGCAGCAGUCGCGGCGAGUCCAGCCACCUGCGCAGACCCGGAGAAGCACUCCCCUGGGCCAGCAGCAGCCAGUACCCCGGGCCCGGGCCGCGCCAGCUCUUCCGCGCCUUGGGACCCCACAGCGGUCCGGGGCUGCGUCCCCAACCCCGCCGCGAGGGCGGCUCACGGGGAGGAACGUCUGCGGGGGACAGUGCUGCCCGGGAUGGACCACAGCAAACAGCACCAACCACUGUAUCAAACCUGUGUGCCAGCCACCGUGCCAGAACCGUGGCUCCUGCAGCCGGCCCCAGCUCUGCGUCUGCCGCUCCGGCUUCCGAGGAGCCCGCUGCGAGGAGGUCAUUCCUGACGAGGAGUUCGACCCCCAUAACUCCAGGACGGCCCCCCGACGCUGGGCCGAGCGUUUGCCCAACCUGCGCAGGAGCAGCCCGGCCAGAGAAAGCACUGUGGCCAGGACACAGCCGCUGGCCCCACAGCCGACAGUGGCUAGGACCCUGAGUGGGCUGAGCCAGAUCCACCCCUCCCAGCAUGUGGGACUGUCCCGGACCGUCCGACUUUAUCCAACUGCCGCGGCCAGUGGCCAGCUGACUUCCAACGCCCUGCCCUCAGGACCAGGCCUUGAGCAGAGAGAUGGCACCCAGCAGGGUCUGGACUACCUCUCAUCCUCCUGGGGGCUGAACCUCACAGAGAAAAUCAAGAAGAUCAAGAUCGUCUUCACUCCCACCAUCUGCAAGCAGACCUGUGCCCGAGGGCACUGUGCCAACAGCUGUGAGCGGGGCGACACCACCACCCUGUACAGCCAGGGAGGCCAUGGGCACGACCCCAAGUCUGGCUUCCGCAUAUAUUUCUGCCAGAUCCCCUGCUUGAAUGGAGGCCGCUGCAUUGGCAGGGAUGAGUGCCGGUGCCCUACCAACUCCACCGGGAAGUUCUGCCACCUGCCUGUCCUGCAGCUGGACAGGGAGCCUCCAGGGAGGGGCUCCCGCCACGGGGCCCUGCUGGAAGGCCCCUUGAAGCAGUCCACCUUCACGUUGCCUCUCUCCAACCAGCUCGCCUCUGUGAACCCCUCCUUGGUGAAGGUGCACAUUCACCACCCACCCGAGGCCUCCGUGCAGAUCCACCAGGUGGCACGGGUGCGGGCUGAGGCAGAGGCCCUGGAGGAGAACAGCGUGGAGACCAGACCCCCACCCCGGCUCCCCGCCGGCCCUGGCCACAGCCUCUUGGACAGCAACAGCAUCCCUGCUUGGCCUGGAGAGUCCCCUCGGCCAUUGCCCCCCACGGCACCCAGGCCUCGGGGGCUGCUGGGCCGGUGUUACCUGGGUGCUGUGAAUGGACAGUGUGCCAACCCUCUGCUGGAGCUGACUGCCCAAGAGGACUGCUGUGGCAGUGUGGGAGCCUUCUGGGGGGUGACCUCGUGUGUCCCAUGCCCACCCAGACCAGCCUCCGCGGUGAUUGAAAAUGGCCAGCUGGAGUGUCCUCAGGGGUACAAGAGACUGAACCUCACUCACUGCCAAGAUAUCAAUGAGUGCUCCACCCUGGGCCUGUGCAAGGACGCGGAGUGCGUGAACACCAGGGGCAGCUACCUGUGCACAUGCGGACCUGGCCUCAUGCUGGAUCCAUCUCGGAGCCGCUGCGUGUCGGACAAGGCCAUCUCCAUGCUGCAGGGACUGUGCUACCGGUCGCUGGGGCCUGGCACCUGUGCCCUGCCUUUGGCCCAGCGGAUCACCAAGCAGAUCUGCUGCUGCAGCCGUGUGGGCAAAGCUUGGGGCAGCAAGUGUGAGAAAUGCCCCCUGCCUGGCACAGAGGCCUUCAGGGAGAUCUGCCCUGCCGGCCACGGCUACACCUACUCGAGCUCAGACAUCCGCCUGUCCAUGAGGAAAGCCGAGGAGGAGGAACUGGCCAGGCCCUCAAGGGAGCAAGGACAGAAGAGCACUGGGGCGCUGCCUGGGCCAGCAGAGAGGCAGCCACUCCGGGCGGCCACAGACACCUGGCUUGAGGCCGGGACCACGCCUGACAAGGGUGACUCUCAGGCUGGCGAGGUCACCACCAGUGUCACCCAUGUAUCUGCCGGGGUCCCAGGGGAUGCCAUAGGAAGACCCACACCACCACCGCCUGAACAGAGGACUCCAGAGACCCAGGAGGAAGAGCAAGUGACCCUCUCCACCAAUGUGCUGGUGACCACGAGCCCCCCAGGCAUUGAUAGAUGUGCUGCUGGAGCUGCCAACAUCUGUGGCCCUGGAACCUGCGUGAACCUCCCAGAUGGAUACAGAUGUGUUUGUGGCCCUGGCUACCGGCUGCACCCCAGCCAGGCCUACUGCACAGAUGACAACGAGUGUCUGAGGGACCCCUGCAAGGGAAAAGGACGCUGUGUCAACCGUGUGGGCUCCUACUCCUGCUUCUGCUACCCUGGCUACACGCUGGCCACCUCAGGGGCCACGCAGGAGUGCCAAGAUGUGGACGAGUGUGAGCAGCCAGGAGUGUGCAGUGGGGGGCAGUGCACCAACACCGAGGGCUCAUACCACUGCGAGUGUGAUCAGGGCUACAUCAUGGUCAGAAAAGGACAAUGCCAAGAUAUUGACGAAUGCCGUCACCCUGGCACCUGCCCUGAUGGGAGAUGCGUCAACUCCCCUGGCUCCUACACUUGCGUGGCCUGUGAGGAGGGCUACAGGGGCCAGAGCGGGAGCUGCGUAGACGUGAAUGAGUGUCUGACCCCCGGGGUCUGUGCCCACGGGAAGUGCAUCAACCUGGAAGGCUCCUUCAGAUGCUCUUGUGAGCACGGCUACGAGGUCACCUCAGACGAGAAGGGCUGCCAAGAUGUGGAUGAGUGUGCCAGCCGGGCCUCAUGCCCCGCAGGCCUCUGCCUCAACACCGAGGGCUCCUUCGCCUGCUCCGUCUGCGAGAGCGGGUACUGGGUGAACGAGGAUGGCACUGCCUGUGAAGACCUAGAUGAGUGCGCCUUCCCGGGAGUCUGCCCCUCGGGGGUCUGCACCAACACUGUGGGCUCCUUCUCCUGCAAGGACUGUGAUGGCGGCUACCGGCCCAGCCCCCUGGGCCACACCUGUGAAGAUGUGGAUGAGUGUGAAGACCCCCAGAGCAGCUGCCUGGGAGGCGAGUGCAAGAACGUGGCAGGCUCCUACCUGUGCCUGUGUCCCCAGGGCUUCCAGCUGGCCAAUGGCACCGUGUGUGAGGACAUGGACGAGUGCGUGGGGGAGGAGCACUGCGCGCCCCACGGCGAGUGCCUCAACAGCCAUGGCUCCUUCUUCUGCCUGUGCGCGCCCGGCUUUGCCAGCGCAGAGCAGGGCACCCGCUGCCUGGAUGUGGACGAGUGUGCCGACCCAGACCGGUGUCUGGGAGGGCACUGUGUCAACACCGAGGGCUCCUUCGACUGCGUGUGUGAGACUGGCUUCCAGCCCUCCCCAGACGGCGGGGAGUGUGUGGAUAUUGACGAAUGUGAGGACUACGAAAACGCCGUGUGUGGGGCCUGGAAGUGUGAGAACAGCCCUGGCUCCUACCACUGUGUCCUGGGCUGCCAGCCUGGCUUCCACAUGGCCCUGAACGGAGACUGCAUUGACAUAGACGAGUGUGCCAACGACACCAUGUGUGGGAGCCACGGCUUCUGUGAAAACACCGAUGGCUCCUUCCGCUGCCUCUGCGACCAGGGCUUCGAGAUCUCGCCCUCAGGCUGGGACUGUGUGGAUGUGAACGAGUGUGAGCUCAUGCUGGCGGUGUGCGGGGCCGCGCUCUGUGAGAACGUGGAGGGCUCCUUCCUGUGCCUCUGCGCCAGCGACCUUGAGGAAUAUGACGCACAGGAGGGGCGCUGCCGCCCACGGGGGGCUGGAGGUCAGAGUAUCCCUGAGGCCCCGACAGGGGACCGCCCCCCAGAGCCCCUCCGCAUGGAAUGCUACUCCAGGCAGAACGGCCACCCGCCCUGCUCCAGUGUCCUGGGCCGGAACACCACACAGGCUGAGUGCUGCUGCACCCAGGGCGCCAGCUGGGGAGAUGCCUGUGACCUCUGCCCAUCGGAGGACUCAGUUGAAUUCGGUGAGAUCUGCCCUAGUGGCAAAGGCUACAUCCCUGUGGAAGGAGCCUGGACAUUUGGACAGACCAUGUACACAGAUGCCGACGAGUGUGUGAUGUUCGGGCCUGGGCUCUGCCCCAACGGCCAGUGCCUCAACACGGUGCCCGGCUACGUCUGCCUGUGCGAUCCUGGCUACCACUACAAUGCCUCCCGCAGGAAGUGUGAGGAUCACGAUGAGUGCCAGGACAUGGUCUGUGAGAACGGUGAGUGUGUGAACACGGAGGGCUCCUUCCACUGCUUCUGCAGCCCCCCGCUCAUGCUGGACCUCAGCCAGCAGCGCUGCGUGAACGGCACGGGCGGCACGGAGGACCUCCCUGACCACGACAUCCACAUGGACGUCUGCUGGAAAAAAGUCACCAGUGACGUGUGCAGCCACCCCCUGCACAGCCACCGCACCACCUACACGGAAUGCUGCUGCCAAGACGGCGAGGCCUGGAGCCAGCAGUGUGCGCUGUGCCCCCCCAGGAGCUCUGAGGUCUAUGCUCAGCUGUGCAACGUGGCCCGGAUCGAGGCAGAGCGGGAGGCCGGGGUCCACUUCCGGCCAGGCUAUGAAUAUGGCCCUGGGCCCGACGACCUGCACUACAGCCUCUAUGGCCCAGACGGGGCCCCCUUCUACAACUACCUGGGCCCUGAGGACACCGUCCCCGAGUCCCCCUUCCCCAACACGGCCAGCUACCCAGGGGACCACACACUGGUGCUUGAGUCUCCCUUGCAGCCCUCAGAACUCCAGCCCCACUACGUGGCCAGCCACCCAGAGCCCCCGGCCGCCUUCGAAGGGCUGCAGGCGGAGGAGUGCGGCGUGCUGAACGGCUGUGAGAACGGCCGCUGCGUGCGCGUGCGGGAGGGCUACACCUGCGACUGCUUUGAGGGCUUCCAGCUGGACGCGGCCCACAUGGCCUGCGUGGAUGUGAAUGAGUGUGAGGACCUGAAUGGGCCUGCUGUGCUCUGUGCCCACGGUUCCUGCGAGAACACAGAGGGCUCCUACCGCUGCCACUGCUCCCCAGGCUAUGUGGCUGAAGCAGGACCCCCACACUGCACUGCCAAGAAGUAGCAGCAAGGGGUCAGUGUGGGCAGCUACCUGGAAAUGGCCUCCAGCCACAGGCCGGGGCCUUGAGGAUGCUUUCCUAGCUGGGAAGACACCAUGACGACAUCAGGCCAGAGGCUCAGCCUUGCCUGCCUUCAUCUCGCCCAGCUUAGCCCCUGGCUGUGAGCUUCCAUCACCGCCUCCAUGCCCCUGCUUGGCUCAAAUACCACCAAUCGCUUUCAUGCUUCAGCCACUGGCCAGGAGGCCCAGUCCACCACCUGUCCUGGCCGUGCUAUGGGAUGCUAACCAAAGGAUGGCCCUCGCCCACCCGCUCGAGCUGUGCAAAUGUGCAAGGCCCUGUGGCCUCACACUGCAGACACCCCCUUCCAGCCACGAUCCACCUAUCAUCUUGAUGAUUCCACAACUGGGACAGAGGCUACAUCUGCCCUGGGCAGGUCCUUCAGAAUCUGUGGAGCAAGAAAGGGUUCAGGGGAGCUUGGAGACUGACCCCAAUGCCCCCUCCCAAGAACCAUUGCCACCACUCAGCCAGUCUGGUCUGGGCCCUGAUUGUGCCCCAUCUCCGUCCUGUAGCCGGUUCUCUGGCCCCAGGGAGUGGCAGAAGAUCCCCUCACCCCUCACUCAGAGAGGCAUGACUGGUAGUAGCUUGUUGAAUGUAAGAGGCACAAAUGAAGAGGAACAAAGAGCCUGAGAAAGCAGCAAGAGGGCAAUUCGAAAAAUACGUGGAGUUGAUAAGAAAGGGGAAGCCAAGGCUUUAUACAAGCCUAAAGAAAAUAUUAAGUAGCUUUUGGUAAAUUAACAUUCAAAAUCCACCCAGUGGCAGCCCCUGUGCACCAGCAGCAAGGGAUGCCACAAGAUAGAACACCCAUCUCCACAGAACAUGAUUGCAUACAUACUGCUUCUUACAGGAAACAGACCUCUUCUGGGCUCUCCUUUUGUAAGGACCAGUUUGAUGUGCUAAAAAUAAAAAGGUCUAUUUUCUGGUGUAGUCUUGUUCAAAGGAAGCCAGAUUUCCAAUGUUGUUUGUCCCCUCUACUCAGAAGCCCCUGCCCUCCUUCCCUUCAGAUAAUGGAUGGCAGGCAUCCUCUGAGUUUACACGCAGAAACUCACUCCAGCCCAGGCUAGCUGGGAGUUCAGAACCAUGAUGGAAUAAAGAAAUGUACAUCUGGGCUCUUCUGUUCUUGUUUUUAUUUCAGAUUAGACCAAAUUUCUUUACCAUGUUGCCUAAGUCUAAAUAUUAGAGAUGAGGCUGUGCCUACCUCCUCCUGGUCAGUUCUGCUGAUAGGCCGUGAUUGGGUUCCAAUGGGAAAAGUUUCUUUACUAUGAAAAGACAAGGAAAGCUCUGACUUUGCAUGUCUCUGAUGAAUGGCAAUGUCAAUGAACAAGCCUCCAUGUGACUGGAGACAUGGAAAUGAAUGCAACUUUCUUAAUUUAAUCUCUCCUGUCCUACCUGCUCCUCUGAUUGUCAGCCAUCAUAUAACUUAUUGAAUGCUUGCUUUGUGCCAGGCACUGUGUUGAGUAUGGUACAUAAAUUUCACUUAAUUAUCCAAUAAUCCUAUCUACCAUUUUUAUUCCCAAUUUACAGGUGAAGAAAUUAAGACACAGAAAGCUUGAAUAAUUUACUCUAGGUGACUAUACUGGUUUUCAAUAGACAAAAAUAAAUGGUUCUUAAGCAUAUGAAAAUAUUCUUUCAUUCAUAAUAAAAGAAGUACAACUUAAAA